GUGGGAGCAAAAGGGGGUUUGCAAAGGCAGCAUCUCAGGAUGGUAGCCUGGUUGUAUUGAAGGCAUCUCUUUUUCUGCCAAAUCGGAAAGUCCGUUCUCUCAAGCCCGGGUUAGCCAGACUAUAGGGUUUUAUUCUGGCUGCAGAAUAACUAACUGACUGCUGUGGCUUUGCAAAGGGGGGCAGGAAAAAAAAAGUUUAGGAGAGGGAGUACGUGAGUCGUCCAGUGCAAUCUCUAUUGUUUGAAACUUACUUUUUAUCAGAAUUUGAAGAUGAAAACGCACAUAGGUAGCCCUCCAAAAAAUCAUCCAGUUUGCUAAAUUAUGGAAAUUCUGUGGAAGACGUUGACCUGGAUUUUGAGCCUCAUCAUGGCUUCAUCGGAAUUUCACAGUGACCACAGGCUCUCAUACAGUUCACAAGAGGAAUUCCUGACUCAUCUAGAACAUUACCAGCUCACUAUUCCCAUAAGGGUUGACCAGAACGGAGCUUUCCUCAGCUUUACUGUGAAAAAUGAUAAACACAACAGGAGAAGACGGAGUAUGGACCCUAUCGAUCCGCAGCAGGCCACAUCUAAUUUAUUUUUUAAACUUUCAGCCUAUGGCAAGCACUUUCACCUAAACUUGACUCUAAACACAGAUUUUGUGUCCAAACAUUUCACCGUAGAAUAUUGGGGGAAGGAUGGACCCCAGUGGAAACACGAUUUUUUAGACAACUGUCAUUACACAGGAUACUUGCAAGACCAACAUAGUACAACUAAGGUGGCUUUAAGCAACUGUAUUGGGUUGCAUGGUGUUAUUGCUACAGAAGAUGAAGAAUAUUUUAUUGAACCAUUAAAGAAUACCACAGAGGAUUCCAAACAUUUUAGUUAUGAAAAUGGCCAUCCCCAUGUUAUUUACAAAAAGUCAACCCUUCAGCAGCGUCAUCUGUAUGAUCAUUCUCACUGUGGGGUCUCGGACCUCGGCAGUAGCAACAAACCCUGGUGGCUGAAUGACACGUCUGCUUUUCCCUCUGCACCGCCGGUCGGAGGCCCGCACAGGCAGAGGAGGUCCGUGAGCUCCGAGCGCUUUGUGGAGACAUUGGUGGUGGCCGAUAAAAUGAUGGUGGGCUAUCACGGCCGCAAAGACAUUGAGCAUUACAUUCUGAGUGUGAUGAAUAUUGUUGCCAAACUUUACCGUGAUUCCAGCCUAGGAAACGUUGUGAAUAUUAUAGUGGCCCGCUUAAUUGUUCUUACAGAUGAUCAGCCAAACUUGGAGAUAAACCACCAUGCAGACAAGUCCCUCGAUAGCUUCUGUAAAUGGCAGAAAUCCAUUCUCUCCCAGCAAAGUGAUGGAAACAUCAUUCAAGAAAAUGGGAUUGCCCACCAUGAUAAUGCGGUCCUUAUUACUAGAUAUGAUAUCUGCACUUAUAAAAAUAAGCCCUGUGGAACCCUGGGCUUGGCCUCGGUGGCUGGAAUGUGCGAGCCUGAGAGGAGCUGCAGCAUUAAUGAAGACAUUGGCCUGGGUUCAGCUUUUACCAUUGCACAUGAGAUUGGUCACAAUUUUGGUAUGAACCAUGAUGGAAUUGGAAAUUCUUGUGGGACGAAAGGUCAUGAAACAGCAAAGCUUAUGGCAGCUCACAUUACCGCAAAUACCAAUCCUUUUUCCUGGUCUUCCUGCAGUCGAGACUAUAUCACCAGCUUUCUGGAUUCAGGCCGUGGUACUUGCCUUGACAAUGAGCCUCCCAAGCGUGAAUUUGCUUAUCCAACUGUGGCCCCAGGUCAGGUGUAUGAGGCUGAUGAGCAAUGUCGUUACCAGUAUGGAGCAACAUCCCGCCAAUGUAAAUAUGGGGAAGUGUGUAGAGAGCUCUGGUGUCUCAGCAAAAGCAACCGCUGUGUCACCAAUAGCAUCCCUGCAGCUGAGGGAACCCUCUGUCAAAGUGGGAAUAUUGAAAAGGGGUGGUGUUAUCAGGGAGAUUGUGUUGCUUUUGGCACUUGGCCCCAGAGCGUAGAUGGGGGCUGGGGUGCCUGGUCACUCUGGGGAGAGUGCAGCAGGACCUGCGGGGGAGGCGUCUCCUCAUCCCUAAGACACUGUGACAGUCCAGCACCUUCAGGAGGAGGAAAAUAUUGCCUCGGGGAAAGGAGACGGUAUCGCUCUUGUAACACAGAUCCAUGUCCUUUGGGGGCCCGAGAUUUUCGAGAGAAACAGUGUGCAGACUUUGACAGUAUGCCUUUCCGUGGAAAGUAUUAUAACUGGAAACCCCAUACUGGAGGUGGAGUAAAACCUUGUGCAUUAAACUGCUUGGCUGAAGGUUACAAUUUCUACACUGAACGUUCCCCCGCAGUGAUUGAUGGGACUCAGUGCAAUGCGGAUUCACUGGAUAUCUGUAUCAAUGGAGAAUGCAAGCAUGUAGGUUGUGAUAAUAUUUUGGGAUCUGAUGCUAGGGAAGAUAGAUGUCGAGUCUGUGGAGGGGAUGGAAGCACAUGCGAUACCAUUGAAGGGUUCUUCAAUAAUUCGUUGCCCAGAGGAGUUCCAGGAUACCUGGAGGUUGUGCAGAUACCAAAAGGCUCUGUUCAUAUUGAAGUCAGAGAAGUAGUCAUGUCAAAGAACUAUAUUGCUUUAAAAUCUGAAAAAGAUAAUUAUUACCUUAAUGGUGCCUGGACUAUUGACUGGCCUAGGAAGUUCGAUAUUGCUGGAACAGCUUUUCACUACAAGAGACCAACUGAUGAACCAGAAUCCCUGGAAGCUCAAGGUCCCACCUCGGACAAUCUCAUUGUCAUGGUUCUGCUUCAAGAACAAAAUUUGGGAAUUAGAUAUAAAUUCAAUGUUCCCAUCCCUCGGACUGGAAGUGGAGACAGUGAUAUUAGCUUCACGUGGAAUCAUCAGCCGUGGUCAGAAUGCUCAGCUACUUGUGCUGGAGGUGUCCAAAGACAGGAGGUGGUCUGCAAAAGGCUUGAUGACGGCUCCAUUGUCCAGAACAAGUACUGCGACCCUGACAACAAGCCUCCUGAAAAUCAAAGGACCUGCAACGCUGAGCCCUGCCCACCUGAGUGGUUCAUCGGGGAUUGGCUGGAGUGUAGCAAGACCUGUGACGGUGGAAUACGCACGCGGGCGGUGCUCUGCAUCAGGAAGACUGGACCUUCUGAGGAGGAGACACUGGACUACAGUAGUUGUUUAACACACCGACCUGUUGAAAAAGAGACCUGCAACAACCAGUCAUGUCCACCCCAGUGGGUGGCUUUGGAUUGGUCAGAAUGCACUCCUAAAUGUGGUUCAGGAUUCAAGCAUCGAAUUGUUCUGUGCAAGAGCAGUGACCUUUCUAAAACAUUCCCAGCUGCACAGUGUCCAGAGCAGAGCAAGCCCCCUACCCGUGUCCGCUGCAGUUUACGUAGCUGCCCCCCUCCUCGCUGGGUGACAGGAGACUGGGGCCAGUGUUCUGCUCAGUGUGGCCUUGGACAACAGAUGCGGACCGUGCAAUGUCUCUCCUACACUGGACAGGCAUCUAGUGACUGUCCAGAAACUGUGCGGCCUCCAUCGAUGCAGCAGUGUGAAAGCAAAUGUGACAGUACCCCCAUUUCCAAUACCGAAGAGUGCAAAGAUGUGAACAAAGUGGCUUAUUGCCCACUGGUGCUGAAGUUCGAGUUCUGCAAUCGCGCGUACUUCAGACAGAUGUGUUGUAAGACCUGCCAAGGACAGUGACCCACAGAAAGCCAGAGACAGAGCCGUGUCAUUUCGUCGUGGAAAUGUGUCCAUCAAAGGGAGCCACCCAGAGGAAGAGGAUUCAUGUCCUUGCAAAUACAUUACCCUGUGGAAAACGUAACCACUGGUCAGCCCUAGCUGACAGGAUUUCAAUAUUAUUUUAACUUCUGUGAAGUAGGAUUUAUUGAUCCAAAGUGCUGGACACAGUUUCAGGAGGGAAUGCCAGAUUGGAGAGGUCCAAACAACACAGGGAGACUUGCUUACUGUGGAACGUUUGUGUUCUUUCGAAUAAAUCCAAGAGCCUGUUU